CGUGUCCAUUUUUGCAUCAUAUUUUUUUCUGAUCUGGAAUUCUUCCUUGUCACACCAAGAAGGGAAAGAAGCUGACUGCCAAUGCACGGGCUAUAGAUUUGCGUUUUAUGGAAAUCUUGGGUUUCAGAUUUGAGGAAAACACGUUUAACAUCAUCCCCUCUCCGGCAACUAUGCUUUUCCACGGCCUCCCUGGAGGCGAAAUGCACGUUGUUGUGGAAGAAAUGGACCGGAGAAGAAAGAGCGAAUCCGCAGCUAUCAGUUCGGCCAUAGAUAUGGGAGAAUGUGAAACGAACAUGUCGUGCAUGAACAGCGACAGGGUGUCUUUGUGCGCGGGCUGCGGCGGGAAGAUCGCUGACCGCUACUACCUGCUGGCAGUGGACAAACAGUGGCACAUGCGCUGUCUCAAGUGCUGCGAGUGUAAACUCAACCUCGAGUCCGAGCUCACCUGCUUCAGCAAAGACGGAAGUAUCUACUGCAAGGAAGAUUAUUACAGAAGGUUUUCGGUCCAGAGAUGUGCCCGGUGCCACCUCGGGAUCUCGGCCUCAGAGAUGGUGAUGCGGGCCAGGGACUUGGUGUACCACUUGAACUGUUUCACCUGCACAUCCUGCAACAAGAUGCUAACGACUGGGGACCACUUUGGCAUGAAAGACAGUCUGGUCUACUGUCGGCUGCACUUUGAAAAUCUCAUACAGGGGGAAUAUCAGACACAUUUCAAUCAUGCGGAUGUAGCCUCUCACAAAGGACUGGGACCUGCCAACGCAUUGGGACUAUCCUAUUUCAACGGCGUGGGGAGUGUGCACAAAGGGCGGCCCAGGAAAAGGAAAAGUCCCGGGCCAGGAGCAGAUUUAGCAGCCUACAAUGCCGCACUCAGCUGUAAUGAGAACGACGGAGACUCUAUGGACAGGGACUCCUACAGCUCCAGUCAGAAGACCAAGCGCAUGCGGACCUCCUUCAAACACCACCAGCUGAGGACCAUGAAGUCCUACUUUGCCAUCAACCACAACCCAGACGCCAAGGACCUGAAGCAGCUGGCCCAGAAGACUGGCCUCACCAAGCGUGUACUACAGGUCUGGUUCCAGAAUGCUCGGGCCAAGUUCCGGCGGAACCUGCUGAGACAGGAAAACACGGGAGUGGACAAGACCUCAGACGGCUCCACCCUGCAGGGGGGCACGCCCUCCGGACCUGCCUCCGAUAUCUCCAAUGCCUCCAUGAGUCCUUCCAGCACCCCCACCACCCUGACAGACCUGACCAACCCCACUAUGCCCACCGUCACCUCCGUGUUAACCUCUGUCUCUGGCAGCAUGGAUGUUCACGAGUGCAGGAGCCCGUUGCAGACCACCCUGACCAGUCUGUUCUGAUGCCCCCUUACAGACGGACCCCUUCAGCUUCAUCUGAUGCCCUGACCCUUUAAACACCCUCACCAGCCUCAUCCCGAGCCACCCCCCCCCCCCCGACUCUGUCCACUUGGAACUAAAACACAGACCUUUGACAGGGACAUUUAAUGGACUAGUAAAAUUAAGGUAAAGGAAAAUACUCUUAUUUUUACUCUGAGCCCAUUUGAGAAUAUUUGCGUAGUGAGGCUGCCAAGCCUUGCAGAAGGAACAGUUAUUGUUAUUUUGUUGUGGUUGUUUUGUUGAGAACUGAAGAGACUUGAUUUGCAUUUUUUUUUACAGAAUGAAACUGUGGAAAAGAAAAAAAACUGCUUAAUUUUGGAAAUUCAUUUUUUUCCAGCACAAUAUUUAUGUUGUUGUACAGGAGUCACUGUUGGGAAACAUUGAGAAGGAUUGUAAAAUGAUGGGAAAUCUGAGAUUAAACACAGGCUAAAAUAUGCUAUGACUGCCAUGUGCCUUACACUUCAAUUGUCCCCAACAUAUCCAGAUCUGUUUCUCCCAUCAAGAUCGGAUAGAAACACAUAUUUGUUUCUUUACCUCAGCAGAGAGUAUUGUGGCUCAAGGGUAAAAUAGUAAAUGGUUCACACAAACAGUGUGUGCAUGCGUGUGUGUUGUCUGUGUGUGUGUGUGUGUGUGUGAGCAUGCUCGUGUGCAUGUGUGUGCGUGCGUAAGUGGGUUUGUGAUUGUGGUCUAAAUGUAA